AUGGCAACAAAUCGAACAUCACCCCGUACGCCUUCAAAGUAUCGAGGUAACGCUGCAAAAGCAACCCAACCCCAGCCAGUCCACAAAUGCCAAUUCGACAGCGACAAUACGAAGCUGUUUCUUCAACUCAUCAUUGCUGAAAUGGAAGGUGGUAAUCGACAACCGUGCGGAUUGUCCAUGGCAGGGUAUAAGAAUGUAGCAAACAAAUUUCUAGAGAAAACCGGCCUACUACAUUCAGCCAAACAAAUGAAAAACAAGUUUGACAACUUGAAAAAAGAUUGGGUUGCCUGGAAGAAGUUGGAGAAUGCCAGCCACGGCUUCAUAGGGCUUGGGUACGACCAUGAGACAGGCUUGAUCAUUGCACCUGACCAUUGGUGGGCGAAAAUGCAAGCGAUGAACAACCGAUGUGCUAAAUUCAAGACUAAGCCGCUAGAGCACGUGGAUCUCAUGGAGCGGGUGUACUUUGGCUCAGCAGCGACUGGGAAACAUGCAUGGACUCCAACAGAAAUGCAAGAUGAUGCUGCUGCUGCGACCAAUGCCAUGGACGUGGAUAGCGGGAUGGGACCUCUUAGUGCAGACACACCACCACAGCCGGGCCAUGACACUGUCGGGGAGAAUGUGGUUGAUAGUAGCCUAUUUGAGGAUGCUCCCCCCCAGUCAGCCGUGGACGGAUUAGCUAAUCCAAAACAGCGCAAGCGGUCAACGCCUGGUACUGUUGCUAGCAGCAUGGACAAUCUGGUGGAAGUUGUAAGCAAACAAAGUAGGGAGCUGAAAAUCACGUAG